UGAUUUGUAGCCUUUGGGAAAUCUUUCCCUCCUGUUCUGUUCAGUCUCCUUGUUUGUUAGUAUGUCAUGAUAUUCUGUGACUGUACUCCACUGUUCACCUCAAACUACAAACACUGGAAAUUUAGAUGGUGCAGAACAUGAUUCCAAAGGCAUUAAGACCCAUGAAAUUCUACUUCUCUACUGUGUAUCAAGAAAUAUGGGUUGGUGUAGCAUUAACAGCUUAUGCCUACUACAAGAUUUCAUAUGGGGGCAAAAAAUCAUCAGGAAAUAAGUCCUCUGGUUCUGGCCAUCAUUAAAGAUCUCUUCUCCUCUUGGAAUAUGAAUUUGGUGGUUCAUCAUCUCUACUGCAAAUGAAGCAAGUUCCAACCAUAGGGAAAUGAAUGCUAGAACCCUACCUGGUCCAUCUGCUGUAAUUGGAAAAAGAAUAAAUCCAUUGAGCAAGAAUUAAUUAAAGAUGUUGGACAAUA